UGCAGGGUCCUGAGGAGACCGGAUAUAGUGAAUGCAGGGUCCGGGGAGACCAGAUAUAGUGAAUGCAGGGAGACCAGAUAUAGUGAAUGCAGGGUCCUGAGGAGACCAGAUAUAGUGAAUGCAGGGUCCUGAGGAGACCAGAUAUAGUGAAUGCAGGGUCCGGGGAGACCAGAUAUAGUGAAUGCAGGGUCCGGGGAGACCAGAUAUAGUGAAUGCAGGGUCCUGAGGAGACCGGAUAUAGUGAAUGCAGGGUUCGGGGAGACCAGAUAUAGUGAAUGCAGGGUCCUGAGACCAGAUAUAGUGAAUGCAGGGACCAGGGAGACCAGAUAUAGUGAAUGCAGGGACCAGGGAGACCAGAUAUAGUGAAUGCAGUGUCUGGGGAGA